UUCACUUCACUUCCAACAAAAAUCUUCCCCUAAAAGCAGCAGAGAUGGCGCUCACUGUCCCCGGCACUCAGGGCUCAACUUACCCGGACAUCGUGGAGCUGAACGUGGGCGGCCAGGUGUACGUGACCCGGCUGGACACCCUCACCGCGGUGCCCGACUCUCUCUUGUGGGCGAAGUUCAGCCAAAGUUCCCCGGAAGAUUUGCCCAAAGACAGCAAGGGUCGCUUCUUCUUCGACCGCGACGGCUUUCUGUUCCGAUACAUCCUGGACUACUUGCGGGACUCGGAGCUCUUUUUGCCGGAGUUCUUCAAGGAGAGGCGGCGGCUCCAGAAGGAGGCGGACUUCUUCCGACUGCCGGAGCUGUCCAGGCAACUCGGCGAGGAGGACAGCUCCCUCGCGGAGGACAGCGCGGAGCCGGAGGACGCGGAGCUCCUCAGCCCGGCCACCACCCCUUCCUCCUCGGACAGAACGCCGCGCUCGCCCGGGUCCACUUCGGGGUACAUCACCGUGGGCUACCGGGGCAGUUACACCGUCGGCAGAGACAUCCAAGCGGACGCCAAGUUCCGGCGGGUGGCCCGGAUCACCGUGUGCGGCAAGAUCGCCCUCACCAAGGAAGUCUUCGGGGACACUUUGAACGAGAGCCGAGACCCGGACCGACCGCCGGACAAGUACACGUCCCGGUACUACCUCAAGUACAACUUCCUGGAGCAGGCCUUCGACCGCCUGGCCCAAGCCGGCUUUCACAUGGCGGCCUGUAGCUCCACCGGGACUUGUGCCAACAACGACCCCGGCGAGGACAGGAUGUGGACCAGCUACACCGAGUAUGUUUUCUGCCGGUAACUGCAUGUGAAGACCCAAGAUGGGGACUUCAGGAGGGUUUAAGUGUCCUCGAUGUACUCAAGAGUGUGUAAAAGUACACACUGAAAAUACACUCGCCAAAGAAGAUAGCCGCAAGCUGUCCAAUGUGCGGAACUGAAACAAGUCACACCAUCACGUCAUGUGUUGGCCACAUUGUGUGUGUGUGUGUGUGUGUGUGUGUGUGUGUGUGUGUGUGUGUCAUGUGAGAGACAUGUCUAACCUAAACACACACUGACUCUCUUUCUUGUUGAAGCCCAGCCAGCAUCCAACCAACUCAGACUUUCAACUUUUUAAAAAAAAUAAAAAAACACUUGUUUGACAUCAUUUUUUGGGCACUGUGCUUAAAAAGAAAAUAAAGAAAAUCUUUCUUGGCAUGGCUCUCUCGGCAGCACAAAGGGCCUUUGUUUACUGCAUGGGCAGAAAAGCUCGCCAUUUGGAGCGAAUAUAUAAAUUAAAAAAAUGAAAAAACACUUAUUUUGGGGCACAAACUCACACAUGCACACAACUUUCUUUGUGUAGGAG